AUGUCCAACUGGCGAGAAGAAUACUUCUUAGCUCUAGGAGUCAGAGAUGCACGCGAGCAAGCAAAUGCAGCUGUAUAUGAUGCCUAUACCCGCCUAGCAGAUCGUACUAGCAGUCUGCAUACCGACACUCCCGCCCCCGGGGUUCCUCCAUCUGCCUCCCACACAACCGGCUCCCCAGCAGCCAACAGAAAGCCUACCCCUCCAUCCAAAACCCAACUUGGAACAAACACACCCUUGCACUAUGAUCAACUACCUGCCGCGGUACGACAAGAUCUUGCUGAAGCUCAACGCUCGCGCACAGAGUUGCUAGAUAAACUUUCCAGGGCCACCACGGAGCUGGAGAAGUUGAAGAAGAAAACGAGGGCGGACACACGGAGGAUUGAGAUGUUGGUUGGGGAGAGGGCGCAGUUGAUGACCAGGGUUAAAGAUCGGGAUGAGGAGUUGAGGGGGAAGGCGAAGCUGUUGGAUAAUCUACAAUCUGAGCUCGUAUCGCUGAAUUUGCAGUUUAAUAUGGCGGAGGAACGGUCGAAGAAGUUAGAGACGGAGAAUAAGGAAUUGGUUGAUAGAUGGAUGGCGAGAAUGGGACAAGAGGCGGAGGCUAUGAAUAAGGCGUCAAAAUAUUCUUGA